UCUGUCUCUCCCCCUCCCUCUGUGUGGCAACUAAUCUAAUAUAAUCCCUCAUAGAGAUACCGUCAUUCUCAUCUUUCUUCCCCUGAUCUCUUCCUUCUCUCUCUAUCUCUCAAGAUUUUCAUUCUUUUCUCAUCUCUUCAUCUGGUUCUUCUUUAGUGAAGAAGUGUCAAUUAAUAGGAGGAAGUCGACGAUCAAGAUCAUGGGGGACUCAUCUUCUGCUUCAUAUAUUCACAUGGUGCAACACUUGAUUGAGAAGUGUAUUAUCUUCCACAUGAGCAAAGAAGAGUGCAUGGAAGCUCUCUCUAAGCAUGCAAAUAUAAAACCAGUCAUCACCUCCACUGUAUGGAAGGAACUGGAGAAAGAGAACAAGGAUUUCUUCCAGGAGUACGCGAGAAGCAGAGGAGAAGAAGGGAAAUCCGAGGAGCAAGCAAGCCAAAAGAUACAGAAGACACUUUCCGAUUCCUCCUCCGCCGCCAGAGAUUCCGACAACUAAUCCCCUAGCUACUCGCUUCAAAGAGAAGGCGUACGAUAUAAUCAAGGGAAUUCUUCUUUUUUCCAUUCGACAUAUAUACUCUUCUUUAAGUGUAUUUAUUAGGGCUACUUCCUUUGUAUAGUUUGUAAUUAAUCCAAUAUUAGAAGAUUUAUUAACGUAGGGAAGAGAAGCAAAUGAGAUUAUGAGAGAGAGGAAUUUUUACAAGUAUAAUUAGUACUAAAGCUUAAAUC